UCCAUGUCAUAUAAAUACCAGCCAGUCCCAAAGCCCUGCCACAGAUACUCCAGUCUUCGGCCCAGUGAGGUGUGCUCUCUGGUGGAUAAUCAUGAAGUUUGUGGCUGUAAUCCUCGCGCUGUCAGUCAUCUCAGGCUGCCAAGGGCGCUUCCUGUUUCAGGAUGAGCCCAAAGAACGCUGGGAGGUGAUGGUGGAUAAGUUUUGGGAGUAUGUGGCUGACCUGAGCUCCAAGGCUGAGGAGAUGAGGGAGAACAUUAAGAGCACCCAGCUUGUCAGAGAACUGGACACACUGAUCAGUGACAGCAUGGCAGAGCUGCAGAUGUACAGUGAUGACAUGCAGUCCAAGCUGACCCCUUACGCUCAGCAGACCGCCGAGAAAUUCCAUGAAGAUCUUCAGCUGCUGGCCAGUAAACUCCAGACGCAUAUGGUAGAUGCCAAAGAACGCAUGGCUGAAUACAGCCAGGAGCUCCAGACCAUGGUGGAGCAGAAUGCAGAGGACGUCAAAAACAGAGUCAACGCUUAUGUCCGCAAGCUGAAGAAACGCCUGAACAAGGACACCCAGGAGAUCAACAAGAAAAUGGCAACAUACUUUGAGGAGGUCCAGGCUCGUGCUGCUCAGGGCAUGGAGGAUGUGAAAGAUCGCCUGGCACCCUACUUUGACGUAGUUCGCCAAAAUGCUGAAGAUAAGGCCAAAAGCCUCACAGAGCUGCUGAAGACCCAGGCUGAAGAACUAAAGGAGAAACUGGAAUCUCGCCUGGAGGAUCUACGAGAACACAUUGAGAAGACCAAAGAGAAUCUGCGUGCCAGUUUCCAGGAUAAAAUCGAGGAGGUGCAAAACUGGUAUCAGCAAAUUGCCACCCAAGUUGAAGAGAAGAUCCAGACCAUCGUAGAAACCUUUAAACCCUAAGAAACAAGCUGGAACAAGGUGGAUAGAAAAUGGACAGAAAACAAUGAAUAUGCUCUGUAAAAACUAUGAAUAAGUAAACAGCUUCAAAUUAGGCCUACUAAUGCAAUGGAUCACAACAUCUGCUGGACAGUUUCUGUCACAUAUUUUGGAUCAG